AUGCUUCUCCCUGGUGGCGGACUGAACUGGAAGGCCGCAAAGGCCCAGAUGCCUCCAAGCAGAGUAUUGCGAAGCAAUUUGACACGAUCACGACUACUUCUCCUAAUAGGCAUUACUGGCAUUGUGAUGCUGCUGUACCGUACUUUUCGAGCACCACCCCCUGGGCCACAAAAUGUUCGCUGCUGGGGCCCAAACAAGUCGCCUAUGGAAAUGACACCGAACGAACAUGCUCUAUGGAAUGCACACAUGCAGACACCAGUCCUCUUCAACCAUCACAAACCACUAAAAGUCGAAUCUCCUUCGAUCCAGCACAUCGACCUGAACCCGAUCACUUCGAGCCCACAGGCCAUCAUCCGAAACGAACGAGUAUUGAUCUUGACACCUCUCAAGGACGCCGCCCCUUUCCUCAAGAACUACUUCAAACUCAUAGCAGAGCUCACUUAUCCGCACCGCCUGAUCGAUCUCGCCUUCUUAAUAUCUGACUCGAAAGACGAUACACUCGCUGUCCUUGCUUCCGAGCUUGACCACCUACAAAAGCGGAAGGACGAGGUGCCAUUUAACAGUAUCACUGUUGUCGAAAAGAAUUUCCAUUUCCACCUCAGCCAGGAUGCAGAGCAGAGACAUGGGUUUGAGGUACAAGCGCCACGUCGCAAAGCCAUGGCUAAGGCAAGAAACUACCUCUUGGCUACAGCCCUGAAGCCAGAGCACUCAUGGGUGUACUGGCGUGACGUUGAUAUUGAACAAGCACCAAGACGGAUCAUUGAAGAUUUUGUUGCGCACGAUAGAGAUAUUCUCGUGCCCAACAUUUGGUUCCACAGGUUCGAGAAGGGUGUUGAUAUCGAAGGUCGAUUCGACUACAAUUCAUGGAUCGAGUCCGACAAAGGCCGAAAGCUCGCCAACAGCCUGCCCAAAGACACAGUCAUUGUUGAAGGCUACAAGGAAUUUGACACUGGGCGCGAAUACAUGUGCAAGAUGGGGGAUUGGCGCGAAAACAAAGAUGUCGAGGUUCAACUGGAUGGUAUUGGCGGUGUCAACAUUCUGGUCAAGGCAGACGUUCAUCGAUCAGGCAUCAACUUUCCAGCGUAUGCUUUUGAAAACCAGGCCGAGACCGAAGGUUUUGCCAAGAUGGCUAAGCGUGCCGGCUAUCAAGUUAUUGGUCUCCCAAACUACAUCGUAUGGCAUUACGAUACACAAGAGAAGGGUGGUAACUUAUGA